GACACACGAUGAGUUAGUUGUUGUUGUUGCUGUUGUUUAAACGACUUGACGAAUAAAAGAUGAAGAAGCAGAACACACUGAAAAAAGCUGUUUUGUUGCUAGUGUGUGCGCUGUGACUGAAUUUUUUGAAAAAAUAAAGAAGCAAGAAAAGAAAGAAAUAAAAAUUCAUUUCAUAUUAUCGAGUGGCAAAGGAAUUACGGUGAAAAUAUUGCAAUUUAAAAUUGUUAAGAAAAUAUAACGUUAAUUUUGUUUAAAAAAUCUAUAAAAAUAAACAAAAUAUACACAAAUAUUGGAAAUUAAUGUGAAAAAAAGGUUUUUUGUGUUGCAAAGUGGAAGAACGAAAAAACCGAGUGUGUGGAACGCUGAACAAAACGAGUUGGAGAAUCAAUAUUGUAGAUACUUAACUCAAGCAAACGCCGAAUGCCAAAAGGAGGUUAUGGUCAUUUAAUAGUAAAAACGCUGGACAGGAUUUCUGUUUAAAAAAGCUCGAGGCCGCUAACAUCCAGCAAUAUAUACUUUCACCACACAAACUGGCAUAAAAGAACAACUACAGCAACAAAACCAGCAAAGAAAAACACCUUUAAAGUGAAAAAAACUCACCACUAAUAGUAUACAGCUGCCAUUAAAACACGAUUUUACUCGUUUUACUUAAACAACAACAACAUUAUUAUAAUAACAACAACCACCACCACUACAACUGCUGUUGACGCCGCUAAAAUAACACCACCAUCAUAAUCCUCAUCAUCAGCAGCAAGCAACAUCAUCUGCAAAAUCCACUAAAGCAAAGAAAUAAUACAACAACAAUACAAACGCAUUUAUCAUCAACAACCACAGCAGCAACAACAACAGUAAAGAGCUCAACAUUUAUUGUUGUUAUUAACGUAAAGUUGCCUUCCCUUCUUGCGGCCUGCUAACGCCAUUAAGCAACAACAACAACAACUACUACCUUAAAUAAAGAAGACAGAAGAAAAAAAGAAACAGCAAAAACAAAAACACAAAAAAACAUUACAAUACCAUCUGUCAAUUCUCAGUUUUAAAUUUCUCUUUUAUUUUUACGUUUUUCUUUUUGUAUUUUUUCACAUUUCACUUUAUUACCCAUCUUCGUCGGUUCGGUACGGUUCGGUUCAGUGCUGUGUAUGCAUGUGUGCCUGAGUGUUUGUGUUUUUAUUUUCUGUGUGUCUCAAAUCGAUCUUCGUCUUGUAUGUAGCGGCGGAGUCGUAAAAUUUAUAAACUAAAUAAAAAUAAUAAAAAAGCAAACAGGAAAACUUCACCACCAUCAUCAUCAACCACUAAAAAAUUAUAUUUAAUCUAAAACGAUGGCCAAUACCGGCAAAGAUACGGCUUCAUUUUUCGAAAAUGGCACUUCGGAACAAUUUGAAUUUUGCUAUAAACUCUAUCCACAAGUUUUGAAAAUCAAAGCCGAGAAACGUAAUAAAAAACCUCAGGAGUUGAUACGUCUCGAUGACUGGUAUCAGAAUGAAUUGCCCAAAGUGAUUAAGGGUCGAGGGAAAGAUGCCCAUUUGGUGUACGAUGAACUGGUGCAGACUAUGAAAUGGAAACAGACUCGUGGCAAAUUCUAUCCACAACUCAACUAUUUGGUCAAAGUCAAUACACCACGCGCCGUAAUGACAGAAACUAAAAAAGCCUUUCGUAAACUGCCCAAUCUAGAGCAGGCCAUUACGGCUCUAUCGAAUCUAAAGGGUGUGGGUACUACUAUGGCUUCGGCUUUGGCUGCCGCUUGUCCCGAUUCGGCACCCUUUAUGGCGGAUGAGUGUCUUAUGGCCAUUCCAGAAAUUGAAGGCAUCGAUUAUACCACAAAAGAAUACCUCAAUUUUGUUCAACACAUUCAGGCGACCGUUACACGUCUUAAUACACAGGCUGGCGGUGAGACUCCAGUCUGGUCGCCCCAUCGUGUUGAGCUAGCACUGUGGGCUCACUAUGUGGCCAAUGAUUUGUGUCCAGAGCUAUUAGAUGAAAUGCCCAGCGGUAAGGGUGGUGGCGGUGUGUCCAAAGCUAAUGGUUCUACAACAAAUGUUCUAAGUGCAGGCGGUGAUGAUACUAAUGAUGGUGACGAUGAUAGUGCAGGUCGCAUAGAUGGUAAUAAUGUUGUUACAGAAUGAAAUGAAAAUACCAACCCAACACCUCAUGAUGGAGAUUCAAAUUUCAUUUCAAACGAUUCAACAUCACAAGAACCUAUUAUCGAUGAAAAUACCACACAGACAACAGCUACCGAAACCACUGAUGAGGGUGAUGGUGAUAUUGGCGGUGUCGCAACGCCACUAGCUUCCGAUUCGGAAAGUAACAUAGAAGCACCAGUUAAGGCUAAUAUCAACAACACAACAAGCAAAGAGGCAAACAGUACAUCAUCAUCGGUAGCAGCAACAGGAGUAGUAGCUGCGGCAAAUGGUAAUGGUAGCAUUUUGGCAGCCUCAGCAGCUGGUCUAGACGGUGAGAAUAGCAACAGUAAUUGUAUGCGUGAAUCUGAGUAUGAUGAUGAAGACGAUGAGAGCAGUAACAGUCGUGCAUUAAACGAUGAUGUACAAACGCCUUUAAUAAAUCACAAUACCACGGAGGAUAAUGAUUCAUCGACAUUAAGUAGUGCUGGUGGUGCGGCCGCCAUAGCAGCUGCCACUAUAGUGGGACAAAAGCGGACUCUAAAUUGUGCGGAUGAAGCCUCCUUGGAGGGACAAUCACAGCCAGAAUUGAAGAAAAUACGUAGUGAUUAAAAAUUCGUAAAACAAAAACAAAAUAUACAUCCACACACCAACACAACACACAUACAUAAUUUACAUAAUACAAGAAAGAUUAAUAAAAGCUGAACAAAUUAAGAAAGAAAAGAGAGAAAAUUUAGAAGUCCACACAACCUACUCGGGCCUUUUUAAAAACGGAUAAAAAACAUACGUUUGCGAAAGACAGCUUAGGAUUUAAAAAGCGUUUUGUUUUUUUCUUCUAUAGAGGGGCUCAGGAGCAGGUCUAAGGCAGUUGUUUUGAAGAAAAGUAAUAUAAUUAAAAAAUAAUAAAAAACAUUCAAAAAAACCAUUUAACUUUAAGGCAAAUUUAUAUUUAAUUAAAUAAUGAAAAAAAAAAAACAAAUUAAUAACAAAAACUCCUCUCUCCCUCCUACAUUUAAAGAAGAAUAAGCA